CCGGAUGUACCGGGCUGCUGCCAUGUGCGCGGCUGCGCCUGGCGGCGGUGGGCGGGCGGCUCGGAGGCUCGGAGCUGCGAGGGCAGGGGGCCGGGUCCCCAGUGCAGCCCCGAGGUACAGCAGGAGGACAAGGAGAGUCCCUAUUGCUUAUGAAGCUGAACCCAGGCCUGAGUCCCCUGGCCCCACAUGGGAGCCAGAGAACUGGCGGCAGCAGCUGGAGCGCAUCCGGGAGAUGAGGAGGCACCGAGAUGCUCCCGUGGAUGAGAUGGGAGUGGAUAAAUGCUAUGACACCAGUGCACCACCGCAGGUUAUGCGCUACCAAGUUCUGCUGUCUCUGAUGCUCUCUAGCCAGACUAAGGACCAGGUGACAUCAGCUGCCAUGCUCCGCCUGAGGCAGCGUGGCCUCACGGUUGACAGCAUUUUGCAGAUGGAUGAUGCAACGCUUGGGCAAAUCAUUUAUCCUGUUGGAUUCUGGAGAAACAAGGUAAAGUACAUAAAGCAGACAACAGCCAUCCUGAAGCAGAAUUAUGGGGGUGACAUACCAAGCACUGUGGAAGAGUUGGUGAAGCUGCCAGGAGUUGGGCCCAAAAUGGCCCAUUUGGCCAUGAACAUUGCUUGGAACAGCGUAUCUGGGAUAGCUGUGGACACCCAUGUGCACAGGAUCACAAACAGGCUGAAGUGGGUGAAGAAGGAGACCAGAUACCCUGAGGAAACUCGGGUAGCACUGGAGGACUGGCUGCCCAGGGAUCUCUGGAGGGAGAUCAACUGGCUCUUGGUGGGCUUUGGCCAGCAGACCUGCCUGCCUGUGAAUCCUCGCUGCAAAGAAUGCCUUAAUCAAGACAUAUGCCCUGCUGCUAAGAGAUUCUGAGAGCUCAUUCUGGCUGCCUUGUAAGAGUAGAGUAAGAAGGCCACUUCAACCCAGAGCCAAGCGGUAGGAAUGUUGUGCUUUGCAUGGGGCUGUGUGACUGUAGAGAAACAGGAGGCUGCUGCAGCCAGCUUAGCGUUCUUAGGGAGUGGAAGCUGCUGUUGGUGGCUGAGCUCUCAAGAGGAAAAAGGGUCCUUCAAAGCACAGCAGUCCUGCUGCAUCAGUGCUGCCAGCUCCAGCCCCCAUGUGAAUGCUUGAGUGCACCCCAACAGCGCAGCAGGCUGUGCGGUGUCAGGAACAGCUGGAGAAAUGCAAAACUUCCUGCUGCUUGUAAAUAUGUGUUGAAUAAAGGUGGUGGGUUAUUUUUUCUA